UAAUGACAACUCUUCCGGUAUAGUCUGGAUUACGCGUUCAUACACAUCACUAGGUAUUGUUUUUCGAAUAUGAAUGAAAGUCUGAAAUCAGACUACAGGUGAGACGAAUGUGUCAAGAUGUCAAAAAACCACUCAGUCGCCUGAUGAAAACGAUUCUCUUUUUGCACAUUUUGCUGAAUAUCGUGUUCGGAUCGCCGAAGAUAUUGUUAAACUUUGAUUCUAGACUUCCAUUUUGAAUCAGAUGUGAUAAAUAAUCCAAAGAAUGUGACAACAUGGCUGCCAGUGUGGCUGUAACCAAAGUGCCGGCCACACAGCCUAGCAACCAGAAGCCAGCAGUGCAUGAUGGGAAGACUGAUAGCAACUCACCUGUACCUUCCAGUGACCUAACCAGCGGCCCCAGCAGCCCCACUACCACGCCGGACAUGAUGUCCGAGAACACGUCGGCCAUUUCAGGAUCACAGCAGGACGAUCUCGACCACAGCAGGGGUGGUAGUAGUGGUCCCCCCGUGCACAGUGGGAAGUCCGCCAGUCCUAGGGAGGAUGUUGGCAAGAAUGACUCUGCACUGCCAAACGGAGAUUACAACUCCAGCCAGACUGGAAGUGCCUCCAACAGCAUCACUUCCUGUUAUUGUCCAGAGGGGCCUCGUAGCCGGCCGGUGCCUCCGCAUAAAAAUCCCCGUCCCACUCCGCGCAAGCCUCAGCCGAGAGCAACACCGCCAAAACUGCCACCCAAACCUCCGCAUUUGCUCCAGCUGAGGUCGCCCAGUUCUGACAAUUUGAUGGGCCGUUCAAACCGUGACAAAGACCCACAGGGUAGGGACAAGCGGUCACAGAGUGUCAGUGUCGUCGGUGCUCAUAAUUCACCUCCAAGAGAGGACGUACAAGCGACCAAACCUUUCAAACAUCCCAUCCCCACUCCGAGGAAAUCAUUGCCGAACCUUUUCCAAGACCUCAGUUCUGCAGAUAUAAAGAGCCUUGAGCAAUCUGGUACACGUGUUGGGGCACAAAAACAAAACUCCAAAAUGACAGCCUCAAGCUCCGAGGCGUCCUAUCCCAAAUCACCAUCUCAUCAACGGGGAGAACCACUCAGCCCGAAUUCGCAAUCUGGUCCCAGCUCACCUGUCAACAGACAAGAAAUGGGGAGGAAAAAGACUAAGACAACUCAGCAUGUGCGCGUCCGAGAGAGGGCGGCAAUCUUUGAGAAACUGAUCGAAGUAGAGACCUCCAGGAACCGCGACUCACAGAUCAGUGAGCCAAGGUCCAGAACUUCAUCCAGGGCAUCUGACGUCAACGAAACGAGUGUCAUCCCUAAGUUAUCCAACACCUCUGGCAGUAUGUCUAGAAGCCGUGAUAAACAUCAUUCCUAUGUUAAUAUUGAGCUACAUGACAACACCGUUUUGCCCGAGAACGUCUCGCCAAGAACAGAUGCAUCUGCGGAAGAUGAAACUGUUUCUGUGGCAUCUGUGUCCUCAGACGACCUAUUUAUGUCACCCCAGUCGAGCAUCAAAAAUCGUCCACGCCGUCCCCCGUCGCCGAAUCUGUCAGAAGAUGAGCACACUGAGGACUCAAGAAUUUCAAACAGAAGGUCAAGCUUCACGUACACCGACGUUGUCCUUCCUAAUGAAAGUACCUUCAAGAAAACCGAGGAGUCGAGUGUUUCACAAAGAGAUACUGAAGACACAUACAUCGUCACCACAGACUCUGAUGCUGGGGAUUCAGGGUACACAGAUGUCGUCAUUCCUGAUUCAGUUUCAUCACAGAACAUUCAGAAGUCAAACGUUUCCCAAUCAAAUUCCAAUAUAAUUAUCAUUCCAAAGUCAAAUGCAAAUACCCAAGACGAUGACGGUGUCCCAGAUUCUAAAUUAUUACAGGACUCAGAGAAAUCGGAGACUUCAUACAGCGAGUCUGACUAUACCGAUGUGGUCGUCCCAGAGUGGAGGACAUCACAUGACUUUGUAUCACCUGAAGUGGCCUUAGAUGUUGCCGAACCACCUCCCAAGAGUCCUAAGCCUAGGUUCAGCCUGCCGAUUGAACUGGAGAGCGCAUCACAGCCGGAGAGACAUGACAUGUUGUCACCAGACCAUGCCCUGCCCAAGCCAUUUCACAGUGCACACACGUACAGGAACGUCACCCCAUUGUUCGUUAUGCCAGCAAGGCAAACCAGAGCCUCUGACAAGGCUGGAGUCAAGCGUGAAACUGACUCAGCAGAAAGAAGACCAACCUGUCAACAAGGAGAUGACGUAACAGUGCAGGAAACGGACAAUGACCAGGAAGGAAUUCAGAUGGAGCUGGCUGAUAACUUUGGGAGUUCUGCAAGUCUACCGCAGGAAGCACAGUCAAAAGGCAGCCAACAGCAAACAGACCAAGAACCGAUAUCUGAAGACACUGAAGAAACGGCCGAAGCUUCCGACAUGCUACCCGAGUCCCGCCGGCGUGAAAAGCGCAUCAAGUCCCACCCAGCAGAGAGGUCCAUGCUGUACGAAGUCUGUCUCCCUGACUUCAUUAACCCCAUCACCUUGCAAAGGAAAGAUGGAAUUGAAGAACCUGGCCAGAUUUCCCCAACGACCAAGAAUGAAGUUGACGAGUCACAGGGUGAAAGUUCAGAGGUGGUUGAGGACGCAUAUUUUGAACUGGCUGAAGCAAGGACACAGGAAUUACCAGAUACAGAACAACACCUUGAGGGUGAAGGCUCAGACAUGCUGUGCAACCGAUCAAGGCGUCAACGCUUCGCCGUCAAAAAGAGAGACUCGAAUGCGGCCGGCCGCGGACGCAACAAAUGGCAGCACGAGUCAGCCCCAGCCACGCUAGGGGGCUUGGAACGACAGGAGGCUAUCACAGAGCAGCUACCCACAGAAGUCACUAGCCCACUGGAUGGCAAUAAUAGACUUUCCCAAGCAAGCUCAGCUGGAAGCGCCAUAUCAUCUCUCAUCAGCAACGUCUCCAUUGGGGAUGCAGAUCAGCUGUCCUCAGACGAAGAGGAUUAUGAGGACGUCCAGGCACCGCCCUCAGAUGCCCCAGGUGCUGAUGUCGUCCCACCACUGGCAUCACCGACAAAACACAUGGACGGUAAGGAUACCAGACCACUACCAUGUGAGGACAUUGGCGAGGACGACACUUACUCAACUCUGUAUGAGGUCCGUGCCAGUGGGCCGGUACGGCAUGAAGACAAUGACGUCCUCCCUCAGAGAGGUAGUGAGGACAAUGAAGAGCUUAGCACUAAAGACGAAGAACAAGACCGUGUACCUGUGGAGAUCGAGAUGCAGCCCAUGAAACUUAAGUCUCCACAUUCCACUGACAAGGAGUCCAGACGUAAGGCUUUUGAGUUUCACAUGCCGCUUUUCCUGAGGAAAAGCAGCUCUGUGGAGUCUACCAUGUCGGGGCACUACAGCGACAAUCGCAGCAGCCGUUCCCUGACGACACACAGUGAGGACAGUGACGCGAGCAGUGAUUACCUAGAGGAGUUACCCUCUGUUGCCCAGCAGAGAAAUCGUGAUGCGAGAGACUCGAGCGCCUCUGAGGAUGGAGUGUCCGUCAGAUCUGGAAACAGAGUGUCGAUGGACUCUUUGAAUCUGAGCGUCCAGUCCGAGCUGCAGGACAACCUCCGACGGAGAAGGCGUAAGAGCAGCGAGCGCGGCCGACCGGCCUCUGAGUAUGAUCGACCCGCCUCUGCUGCAUCCAUGGAAUACGACAGGCCGGUUUCCAUCGCGUCAUCGGAGUACGACAGACCCAUCUCAAGCUCAUCUGCCGAUUACAUUGGUGUCUUGAAUAGCUUCCACAAGGACGGGAAGAGAGACGAAGACAGUGAAGGUUUCUCCUUAACCUGGAACGUAGACCACGGCGAGGAUGACAGAUAUCGGCCAAAAAGCGAAGAGCUGCCGCAGACGACGCCUGCCAAGUAUGCUUUGCCGCGUAAAGGCAGCAACGCUGCCAAGCCCGUUCCUGCCCUGCCCACGGCCUACAAAGCUCUCAAACCACCCAAGGCACCUAGGCCCUACAGUGAGCCCAGCCCUCAAAAGACCAAGAGAAAUAGUCUGGUCAAGAUCCUUCCCGUUCCCAGCAAGGAGGAGAUUACUGAACAGUUCAGUAAAAUGUCACGACAGCGUUCACGCUUUGUGUCUCAAGAACCUCUGUUCCAGAUUUACCAGGAAGACGCCCGCAGUCGAGAGUCCUACCUCCGCCUCAUGAACGUCUCUUCCCUGGAAUCCCUGGCCAAGUUCCUCGAGAACCAGGAAGCCCUCAAGAAGGAAAAACGGGAGAGUGAGUCUAUCCCGACCCCGUCCCAGCUCCCCGAGUACCGGGUCCUCAUGUCCGACGAGGAGAUGUACCGCUACCAAUCCGGGGAGGAGUGCAAAUCGGGGGAUGUCCAAAACAAGGAUAUUAACCGUGCCUCCCGAUCGGGGGAGGAGCAGGGAGAAGCCGUUUAUCAAUCGGUGGAGCCCAUUUACGAACCCCCCGGAGAGCUCUACUACGACACUGGCAACAUCCUGCAGAACAACACCAUCUACGAGUCCGGGAGCCUGGGGAGUUCAACAGGGGAGGGGUCGGGUGGCAGCAGUUCGGACGUGGACAUACCCAAGCCUUAUGGUCUGAUGGAACGUACAAAAGUGAGCAGCGCAGUGCGACGGUCAUUCUGGAGUGAGCUUCCGGAGGUCAUCAGCAGUGGGUUAUUGGAGCAGAUGACACAAGAAGAGAAACGACUUCAAGAGGCACUGUUUGAAGUCAUCACCUCAGAAGCCUCCUAUCUCCGCAGUCUGAAUCUAGUGGUGGAACACUUCCUGGAGGAUCCCAAACUCCAGCCCCCUGCGGACCUGCUGAAAAAGGCCCAGGAUUCUGAAGACCAGGUCAAGCUUCCUGAGGUUGAGCUGAACAAGAUCAUGCCCGCCGGGGGUCAGCUGAACAAGGAACAGGCCCUGAAGGGUCAGCAGCCUGCGAAGGGUCUUCUGAACAAGGUCCAGCACCAUCUACUCUUCUCUAACAUCAAGAGUGUGAGGGAUGCCAGUGAGAGGCUUUUGUUAGAUCUUGAGGAACGACUGAAGGAUAGUACCAUCAUCAGUGACGUCUGUGAUCUCCUCCUACAACACUUUGAAAAAGGGGGCUUCAACAGUUACAUCGUCUACUGUGCAAAUCACCAGUAUCAAAUCAAAAUAUUGGAGGAACUAAGGAAGAAUCCAUUAUUUCUGGAAGUCAUUAAAGAUCUGGAAAGCAAACCAGCCUGCUGUAGUCUUGAUCUCCAGUCGUUCCUGAUGCUGCCAUUCCAACGCAUCACCAGACUGCCAUUGCUGAUUGAGGCUAUUCGACAGCAGACAAAGCUUCAUGAUCCAUUGCACUCUACUGCCUUGGAAGCUCUGAAGGCAUUGCGAAAUAUGGCAGAGAAAUGUAACGAGGAAGCCAAGCGGAUGGAGAUGAUUGAAGAAGUCACGCAGCUGGCCAAUCAGUUGGACUUCAGGGAAGGAGUCAAGAAAAUGAACUUGUCGGGGACAACCUCCAUCGUCAAGAGAGGGCGCCUUCACAUCAUCAAGAAAGACAACAAGCUACUCACGCGAGGCAAGCUGAUUGCUAAAGCCAUUUAUGUCAUCGUCUUCACUGACAAAGUCGCCAUCUGCAAGCAGAAAAUGAAGGGAGAGCAACUGAAAUACGACGUCUUUGACUGGUGUCCGAGGAACCGAGUACAAGUGGAAGCUGUGGACAAUCCCCAGCAACACCCCAAACUGCCGGACGGCGUGCCAAACAACUGCAAACACGUCUUCAUCAUCUCAUUCCUGGAGAACAGUCAGAAGAAAGAGGUGGUUUUCGCCGUGGACGCCAACUCAGUAGCUGAGAGAGAGCGCUGGAUGGAUGCCAUGCACCCUGUCAAGAAGACUGAGGACGGAGAGACUAUUUAUGAAUCUUGGGAUUGUCCCCAAGUGUUGUGCAAUCAGGCCUAUGAGGCCCAGGACAGGGAUGAGUUGAGCCUGGAUGUCCACGAUAGAGUGGACAUUGACAAGAAGAUCGACGGUUGGUACUACGGCACGCGAGUCAGCGAUCACGCCAAGGGCUGGUUCCCAGCCAAUCACACGCAGGAGAUAAUCAACGACCACGUGCUGGCACGUAACCUCAAGCAGCGACACCGACUACUCUCAAUGUGCGACCAACACCUCUGGAAGGCCAAAAAUAUGAGGAAGUGAGCCCUCUGUUGGUCACAUGAACUGCUGUUGCUCUAACAACCACGUGGACCAAAUGAUAAAAUGUACAAUAAGCUGUUUCAAAAUGACAACACGUGCAUCAGCUCUGGUGAUAUAGAAGGUACACAUGCAGCUUUCUGCUGAUGACAUGACAUCACAUGACCACAUCACAUGACCAAGUCAUAUGACUUCCCAGUAAUACUAUAUUUCCCAGGAGCCCUUGAUGCCAACAUAAACCUGUGAUUCUCAUCAAAACUGAAUCGUGAAAAAAGUAGCCUGCUCGGAUGUAUGGUCUGAUGGUCACAUGACCUGGAUCACGUGGAUUACCCUAAGGUCACAUGAGUCUGUGUCACAUGACAUUCUGUAGUUCUGUAAAUGUGAUUCUCAUCAAAAGUAAAUCGUAAAACAAACCCAGCCUGCUCGGAUGUAUGGUCUGACAGUCACAUGACCCAAGGUCACAUGAGUCUCUGUCACAUGACUUUGUGUAGUACUGUUUCCUUUACGGGCAUAUGUCUAUGGCUAUGCUGUUAACUAUUGGUAACACUGCAGUCAUAGCUGUAAAAUAGCUGAUUCUGACGCGACCUUAUGAUGCCAGUCAUGAUAGUUCUCUAUUCAUUUCUCACUUAAAGCAAUUGCAAUUCAUUAACCCUAACAUCUUUAGGGCUGUUUGGGGGUCAAGGACCAAAUACCACAGAAUACAACAUGUGUUGUGCACACUUGUAUGGAAAGAAAUGCAUACUACAGCAGUAUUUUAUAGCUUUAGGUUAGGUUAGGGAACUCUAAGAAAUGAAGGAUAAUGUCAGAUGAGGUGAUUGACAAAUACAACACGGCACUUCCAGAAACAGAAACAGACGGUAUUUCCAUUAAUAAAAGAACAUUUGGAUGACGGGGGAAAAAAAGCUGCCUUGUAUAAAAUUAAUGGAGGCUGUCAGAAUAUUUGUAAUUCUAAUCUUUUGGUAAAAAAAAAGUAAAAGAAGAGUUGCUGUCCUCUGUGGGUAGAAAUGCAAAAGCGCACCAUGUGUUGGACACACAUAGAAUGACGACGUACUGUAUUUUUGUAACUUGGGGGCGGGGCUUGGAUUCCCCACCCCUCAAAAGACACAAAACCAUUUCAAUGUCGUUUAAAAAUGGCAUACUUGUUGACACCAUAGUAUUGUUGAUGCACAGAUCGGGCUGUAGUAUUUUAGCAGUAUUCCUCUGUAUAUAGCUGUAUAUUUGUAAACUAUUUUUUUCCUGCGAUAUAUUUAACCAGAAAGUAACUUAUGCCUUGACUUUUGAAGUACAUCAAGUAUAGAAUAUGCUGAAUAGAUGUUUGCCACUGGCAACUCCUAUCCCCAUCAUAGUAUUAGUGGGAACCAUUUAGUGGCAAAUGUUACAUAUAUGGGGAAAAGUGCAAGGGCGGAUCCAGAACACAAUUUUUGGGGGGGGGGGCCAAAAAAAAAAAUUUGGUCCCCAAAAAGUGGGUCCAAAAAAUUACCGUGUGGGGUUUGGGGCCCGUUUAUUGGCCCUGGAAAUUGUUUUGAUUCUAGAUGCUCUGUGGUGCGAUGUGAGGCAAUUUCUGACCAAUUUAACCAAUUUUUAUUUUAGGAAAAGAUGGUGGUGUUGGCAGUGGUUGCUUUUUUUGCGACAUCACUUGAAAAAAAUUAUA